AUGGCACGGUCGACGCCGUGGUGGAAGCGUCUGCAGGACCCCCGGGAUGUGCGAGCGGCCGCACUCUUUGCUACUCUGCUCCUCAUCGGCGAUGCGCUGCUAUCGUACAUCAUCAUCGCUCGAGUUCCAUACACCGAGAUUGAUUGGAUCGCCUACAUGCAAGAAGUAUCUGGGUUUGUGAAGGGCGAGCGCAACUAUGAGGAGCUCAAGGGCGAUACCGGGCCGCUUGUCUACCCUGCAGGGUUUGUGUACUUGUUCACUGCGCUGCAGGCCCUGACCGGGGGCAGCAUCGCGGCGGCUCAAGCGAUCUUCCUCGGAGUCUACCUGCUGACCCAGGCCGCCGUCCUGGCGCUGUACAUCCGGUCCAGGGCCCUUCCCCCCUGGACGCUGUGCCUGCUGUGCCUCUCGCGCCGCGUCCACUCCAUCUUCCUCCUCCGCCUCUUCAAUGACUGCUGGGCCAUGCUGCUUGCAUACGCCGCCACCCUCCUGCUCCAGUCGCGUCGGUGGACCCUGGCCAUCUUCGUGUACAGUGCGGCAGUCAGCAUCAAGAUGAAUGUCCUGCUCUGGGCCCCCGGCGUGCUUGCGGUGCUGGUCCGCCUGGCCUCUCCCCUCCCCGUGCUGCGGGGACUGGCGGCGGGUCUCCUGCUCCAGGCCCUGCUGGCAGGACCUUUCCUCGCCGUGGCCCCUCGUGCCUACCUGGGGCGGGCCUUUGAGCUCACCCGCGUCUUCCAGCAGCGCUGGUCCGUCAACUGGCAGUUCGUGCCUGCCGACUGGUUUGUUGACCGCCGCUUUGCGCUGGUCCUCCUGGCCCUGCACCUCCGUCUUCUCUGGUCCUUUGCCAGGUUCAGAUGGUUCCAGGCGGAGGGAGGGGUGGGCCCCGCGCUCCGCCGUUUCUUCUCCAGGACCACCAAGGAGGAGGCCGAGGCGUCGCCCAUGUCGUUGGACUUCAUGCUCUACAUUCUGUUCACUGCAAACCUGGCCGGCAUCCUGUCGGCACGCUCCCUGCACUACCAGUUUUACAGCUGGUACUUCCACAUGCUGCCGUACCUGCUGCUGCGCACCAGGCUGCCCAAGUCACUAAGCAUAGGCCUGCUGCUCUGCAUCGAGGGUGUUUGGAACAUCUACCCUCCCCACGCUGCGACGUCUGCAGUCUUCCAGUUCCUGCACUGGCUGCUGGCGGCAGCCUGCUGGUCGCUCCCCGCGCCCCUCCCUGGGCCAGCCACCAAGGUCCUGGGCCGGCGACCCGUCCACCGGCGGCGCUGA